UUAGUGUCUUAGGGUCGUUUCUACUCCCUGAUUAAGUUUCAAACAGGGACACCAUUUCAGCUAUUAUUUGUAUGAGGACAACCAAUCCAGCAAUAAUAAUAGCGGUCAGUGCUACGUGUGCAUUAUACAUAAUAUAUGCACUACAUACCUCAAUAAAUGCAUACGAGGAUUACACGUAUUGACGUAACAAGUGCGUUGUUCCUACAAUGAUUACUUACGUGGCAUCACUCAUCACUGGUGUAUGAAGCAUAAACAUCGAUAACGUAUGGCCGUGACGAGCUUCUCCAAAUUAAUAGAGUGACCAAUACGUAGAGUUAAAGUGCUUAUUGUUUUUGAGCCUUCCUAUAGAGCAGGCAUAUUCGUUAUAGUGCUCGUAUUGAAAAAUCCAGUCAAAUGACAGAUCAAAGCGUUGAUGAUGUUGCUGAUAUUAUUGAAGACGAGGCUCAACCUAACCAGAGGAGUAAGAUAACAGCACACGACCCGCAAAGGGAGAAAAAAAAAUCAAGUCUAAUGCCGCCAAUUGCUAGAUGGUGUGGUUCUAAAGACCCGGAAAGAAAAAUUAUAAAAUACCUCGACCACAAUCAAGAAACAUUGGAAGUCUAUAUCAUAAACCGUGUGUCUAUAACUCAGUUGCAAGAAUUCCUGGUUAAAAAAAUGUCUAUGAAUCUGGAAAAUUCAUAUCAGGCUGAUCACGCAAGUUUAAUAGUACCAAGAGAAACUUCCACUGACUUUUUGACAAAUUUUGAAGACAAUUUGGUGAAGAAUAUUGAUGAACUGUCUACUGUAUUGCAACUUGCACGUUAUAUUAAAUUGGCAGUGCCAAUAGAUGCAUACAGAAUUUUCAAAAUAGAGCGCGAUGACUCUAACUCUGAAUUAUUUUAUGUUAUGGACUCGCCCAACAUAUCCACAGAAUUUCAGUUAGCUAAAGCCGAGGAUGAUAAAAUUUCGUUUGUGCGGGAAGUCGCAAAUAAAAAAAAAACCCUACAUCUUUCAAGAGACAAAGACUUUGCAUGUUUUCCAAAUACACCAACUUCUUUACUUAAAACAUUUGGUGUUCAAAAUGUGAAAGAAGCAAAUCAUUUACUUUAUCAACCAAUGUUAUCCAGUGAAAAAGCAAUUUACGUGAUGGAAAUGUGGCGUAUAAGAGACAAAUAUGAUGAUAAGGAUGAAGAAAUAUGCGCCAACGUUGUAACUGCAUUUCAUUAUUUCAAUUUGUAUUUAGUUAAAAAGAAAGAAAACAGCGUGUCAAUUGGCUUACUUAACGUAGUACAGGCGAUAUUUAAUGAGAUGGUAGCACUUGAACCACUGAUAAAAAGUAUAUUGAAAUCCACUCAAGGGCUUGUUAACGCGGAUAGAACAUCUUUGUUACUCGUAGAUAGUAAUAACCCAGAACUUGUAUCUACUGUAUUUCAAUUAAAAUUCGACCAAGAACUAGGUUGGGUUCUAACAAAAUCGAUUGGAUUGCCUAUAAAUCCACAGAUAGCUGGAUAUGUCGCAUCAAGUGGCCAAGCAUUGAACAUACCCAAUGCAUACUCCGAUGAUAGAUUUGACAGUGAAUUGGAUAAAGUUACUGGAUAUACGACAAGAAGUAUAUUAUGUAUGCCCAUCAAGUUUGGGGAAGAAGUUAUAGGAGUGGUGGAAAUGAUAAAUAAGCUAAAUAACUGUAUUUUUAACAACGAAGAUGAGGUUGCAUUUCAAAAUACCUCUAUAUUUUUUGGACUGGCACUUAACAACGCUAAACUUUAUAAUGAUAUUAAGAGAAACGAGCAACGAUACAAAGUAGCUUUAGAGAUAUUAAGUUAUCACAAUACGUGCCAGGAUGAUGAAGUGCAAAAGUUCCAAAAUGAUACGCGGCUACUAUUGACAAAUUUAAACGAUUACUACUUAGAUCCCUACAAAUUAGAUGAUUUUAUGAAAUAUAAAGCUACCAUUACAAUGUUUGAUGAUCUGUUUAAGCUGUCAAAAUUUGAUUCUAUGGCUGUAACCAAAUUUAUAUUGACUGUAAAAAAGAAUUACAGAUUGGUGCCCUAUCAUAAUUUCAUGCAUGGGUGGUCAGUAACACACGCUAUGUACGUAAUGUUGAAAAAUAUCCACGAACAGCGGUUAACAUAUAAUAUGAAACUAGCUCUGUUUGUAGCGUGUCUUUGUCAUGACUUGGACCAUCGAGGCUUUAAUAAUAACUAUCUGAAUGAUACCAAAUCUCCGUUGGCAGCUAUGUACUCUUCUUCACCUUUAGAAAAUCAUCAUUUUAGUAUUACUGUAACUAUCCUCCAACAGGAUGGUCACAACAUCUUCUCUCAUUUACCCAGUGAAGAUUAUAAGGAAGUUUUACAAUACAUAAAACAGUGCAUAUUAGCCACCGACAUCAAUACUGCUUUCUUUCCCAAUUUAGCCAAACUAAAUAAGAUAGUUUCCGAACAUUCCGAAAAUAAAGAAUUGAAUUGGGAAAUUCCUAGUAACAGAAAUUUAGUUAUGGGUUUGUUAAUGACCGCGGCUGAUCUAUCAGCUUCUGCAAAACCUUGGGCUAUACACGAAGAAACAGUUAAAGCUAUAUUUGAAGAAUUUCAUAAUCAAGGUGACAAGGAAAGGAAGGACGGAAGAACUCCUAUACCUAUGAUGGAUAGAAACAAACCAGAAGUGAAAGCUGUUAGCCAGGUUGGAUUUUUAAAUCAAAUAUGCAUACCUUGCUAUAGUAUGCUGUGCAAAAUUUUUCCACAAACUAAGCCUAUGUACGAAAUGGCUAUGGAAAACCUUAACAUUUGGCAAUCUAUCACCAAUAAUGACAACUUGGAAAAGAUGUGAUGGGUAUGUUAAAGUUUGGUAUCAAUCCAAUGUCCAGUUACACAAAAUAUUCAGAAUUUCUAUAGGAACACACUCAAAAUUAAAUGUGAUAGCAAUGCCGCUUGCAAGAGAUAUUGAUGCCAAUUCUGAUGGACAAUGGACAUAGAUCUGUAAACUAAACAUAAUUUGGACGCCUACAAAUAGUACUACCGUUUACCUCGAGUUUUACUGUAGAAUGUAGUUUAAUUUGGAUAUUUGUGUAGGUACAAUCUACUCUCUCAGUCAAGAAAAAUAUACAAUGGGCGAACCGCACCAUUGUUUCAUAUAUUCCUUAACAUCAAAUAAUUAACUGCUCGCAGGUUUUACAUCUAACGCGUAAAAUUUGUUAUUGCUAAUUGCAAUAAAACAUUUUGAAUAUAAAUAUUCGAGAUAAAUAAACAUAACAGAAAGCUUCUUUUGGUAUGCUUCAUGAGAAUCCCGACUAAGCAUAACUUAGAUUGUGUAAUGUUUGAUUGGUGUAAUGUAAUAAUUAUAUUAGCAUUUAUAAGUGGUUAUAAAAACGCGCCAAUAAAUAACUAAUUGUACUUAAAUAAUAAAAUUAUACAAAGCGCCUUUUUAUUAUUUAAUAGCAUUUUUUGCCGUAACAAUUUUGCAGACCAAAGUGAGUUUGAUCUAAACGCCUAAAUUAUA